AUGAUUCAAACGAAAGCUUCAAUUGCAAAACAAAUUAAAGCUGAUUCAGACUUCAAAGUUAUCAAGUUUGAUGGAUUAAAGAGUUCACUUCCGAAAAGCAAGUUUAAGAUGCCUGAAGAAAAUAAAAGUGAGUCUGAAGAUUCCGAAUUUGAAAGAAUAUUUGGUGAUGGACCAAAGAAAAAGAAAACGAAGAGAAACAAGAAGGAAGUAACGUUGGAGUCUGCACGAAGGGAAAUCAUCAAUUUUGGGAUUUCUGGAUCAUCAGCUUCAGAGAAGUUGGAUCUCAAUCAGCAACUUGCUAUCAAACUCGGAGCGAAACCUCCUAAGAAGCCAGCAAGAAACUACAAAGAAAUUCUCGAGGAAAAACGUAAUUUGAAAGAAAAGGAAAAGACAAUCAACAGAAGAACAAUAUUUGGAACAUCAGCAUCACUUCAAUACCGAAAUCAGAAGCGAAAGCCUUCACAAAAGAACGACGGAUUACUUAAAAGAUACGGAAAAGUCGAAAAAGAAAAGCCUGAAACAAGUGGGAAAAGUUAUAGAAAAAGAAAAAGAUAA